GGGGCAGGAGUAGCUCCCGAAGGCAGAGGUGCACGAGGCCCCUCCCCUGUAGUGGCCGCAGCCUCCCCGCAGCCAGGGCUGUGCUGGGCACAGCGGCAGGUGCCAGGCAGCAGCCGUAGCCGCCCCCGCUCUUCGAAACCGCCCGAGCCGGCUCCCCAGUCGCAGGGAGGCGCGGAGGCGGCCCCAAGGGAGGCAGCAGCCACCUACCCCGAGUAUUUAGAGAGGCCGGUCCCGGCUGAGGCUGCCUCGGGCAGGAUCUGAGCGCGGACUGUAUCGCUAUGAAGCGGGGAGGCAUCGCGAACCCGGCUUUCGAGCCCUCCAGCCCCGACCUCCGUCUCAAGCCCAGGGCCAGCGUCAGCCGCCCACGCUCGCCCCCCGGCCGCCCCCCGCCGGAGUGUGAGGAGGGGCCGUGCGGAUGGGGCAGCUUCACCCCUAGGGCUCUGCAGCUGUGCAACAACCCCGAGGGCUACCUGAGCGCCUACAGCCUGCUGGCCGUCUUCCAAGGUAUUGUGGUGAAUGGCCUAGUAAAUGUUAGUAUUUCCACUAUUGAAAAACGUUUUGAGCUGAACAGUUCCCUCACUGGUGUCAUCUCUGCAAGCUAUGACAUUGCUUUUUGUGUAUUGUCGCUGUUUGUAGCUUUCUUUGGAGAAAGAGGGCACAAACCAAGAUGGCUUGCCUUUUCAUCAUUUAUGAUAGGAUUGGGAUCACUUGUGUUUGCCUUGCCACACUUUGCUGCUGGAAUAUACCAAUAUGGAUCUAAACUUGAAGAUACCUGUCAAGUAUCAGGAACUAGCAAUGCUAACUUCACGUGCAAUACCAGCAAAGAGUCUUCACUCUCCAACUACCUCUAUGUCUUCAUCCUGGCGCAGCUGCUACUGGGAGUCGGAGGAACUCCCCUGUACACUUUGGGCACAGCCUUCAUUGAUGAUAGUGUCCCAAAACACAAAUCUUCUCUCUACAUAGGAAUUGGCUAUGCCAUGUCAUUGCUGGGUCCUGCCCUUGGCUAUGUAUUGGGAGGGCAGCUGCUUAAUAUCUAUAUUGAUGUCCCUCUUCAAACAAGCACAGAGAUUGAUCCAGAUGACCCCCGGUGGCUUGGGGCUUGGUGGAUAGCAUUUCUCUUGUGCUGUUUUGGAACAUGGCUUUUGAUAAUACCUUUUUCGUGUUUUCCAAAGCACUUACCAGGUACAGCAAAAGUACAAUCUGAAAAAAUUUCUGAAGCUCAUGAUGAUGGAAGUGAGGCAUUUGUUGAAGACAGGAAUAUUGGGAAAAAUUUUAAAGAUUUUCCAGUGGCUCUUUUGAUACUGCUGAAGAAUCCUGUGUUGAUGUGUUUAAUAGUAGCUGCUUCUACAGAAGCUUUAGUUGCCACUGGCUUUGCCACAUUUCUGCCAAAAUUUAUAGAAAAUCAGUUUGGACAGUCAUCCAGUUAUUCAGCUACACUAGGAGGGAUUAUAUUAAUUCCAGGAGCAGCACUAGGCCAAGUCAUAAGUGGCAUCUUGGUUUCAAAGUACAAACUGGAUUGCAGAAACAUAAUCAAGUUCAUAUUAGGCACUUGCUCAGUGGCUCUACUAUUGAACACAGUGUUUAUGUUUUCUAAAUGUGGGAAUGAACCAUUCGCAGGUGUCUCUGAAACAUAUAAUGGAACAGGCAAAUUACAGAACUUGACUGCACCAUGUAAUGCUAACUGCAACUGCUUACGCUCCUUUUAUUACCCAGUUUGUGGCAGAGAUGAAGUCCAGUAUUUUUCUCCCUGUUUUGCAGGAUGUACAUCUUUUACUGUUCAAAAAAGGAAAAAGACUUACCAAAACUGUUCCUGUAUUGGGAUGCCAAAAAGAUUACCUGACUCAGAAGAGGUCCCUUUUGAGGCUCUGGCUGGGAAAUGCCAAACACAAUGCACGUUCUUGCCUCUAUUCCUGGGCUUUUUCUUUUUUGCUGUUGUUUUCACUUUUAUGGCUGUUACUCCAACUACUGUGGCCAUCUUCAGGUGUGUGCCAGAUAAACAGCGUUCAUUUGCUCUGGGAGUGCAGUCAGUGUUUCUACGAUUAGUAGGCACUAUUCCUGGACCAAUUUUGUUUGGUGUGGCAAUAGACAGUACCUGUACUCUGUGGGAUGUUAAUAAAUGUGACAUUAAAGGAGCCUGCUGGGUCUACGACAACUCAAAAAUGGCCUACAUGCUGAUUGGUAUAAGUGCAGCUUGUAAAGUCAUCACUAUCCUUUUUAUUAUUACUGCAUUCUGCUUAUAUAAACCCCCACCGGACAAUUCUGCAACUUUGCAAAAGGAUGCUGAAAUGGUGUCUGCUGUUCACAUGUAAAACUGUUAUGAGAAAACCAGGAACUUUAAAAGAAACCAAGAAGAAUAUGCACAGCUACUGAAAGAUAAGCUGUGUGACAGCUUCAUGUUGCAAGUGCAGCAUUAUCUGAGCAUGAUUUAGUUCUUAAACAGCUUUAAAUGAUCUUAAAUAUUUGUGGAUAUUUUGUGUAACAUUAAUUCAAACUCAGGAAAUUUUAUAUUUCAACAAUGUACCUUUAGAUAUCACAGGAAAGAAAUUGGGUUAUUAACACUUUUAUUUUUAACUUUCUAUAUACCCAAUCAAAAAUACUGUAAAUAUAGAAAAUGUCUUGUAAUUCAUUAAGUUAAGCAAAUUGCAAUAUUAUCAGUAGAACACAAGAAAGAUGACAUAAAAGCCGAACUGGAAUACCAAAAAAAUAUGAAUAAUUGUUACUGCCUAUAAAGGCAACCGUACACCUUAAGAAGACAGACUUUAGGACAACAAAAUAGUAAAUGGGUGUAUUAAAGGGAGCUGUCAAUGUUUACUUUAAACUGGCAGGAAUAACAUGUAUCAAUGUUUUGGGCUACUAAACAACAUUUAAGAUUUGAUUGAUGUAAAUUUAUUUAUACUAUAGUUUUUUGAGUAGGAACAAAUAGAAAAAAACAAGCACUUCUGUUUUCUCAAUCUAUUUUGAACAAGUUAGGUUAAAAGUUUAAAUUGUGAUAACUUUUUGUAAUCUUAAAUAUAUUUGUAGGAAAAAAAAGCAAAGAGUAGUUUUCAUUAUAGGAAAACUAACAAACUUGUAAUUAAUAAAUGUUUGUUCAACUGGGUGCCUUAGUAUUUGAAUUCAGACAAUAUCCAAAAGGAUGAUGUCAAAUAUUCUUGUUAUAUUUUUUUUAGAAAGCUUCAUUUCUCAUGAUACUCAUGACACUCUGGAAAUUUUGAAAAUAAAAUCUGUUUUCCUAAAAUGUUUUACUUGUUAGAUGUGUGCUAGCUCAUUAUUUUGAGGUUACUCCUAAGUGCUCUGCACUAAUUAUUUUCUAAAAAAGGGGUUUAAUUAUUUUUGCUGAAUACAAAUGCACAAUGAAAGACUAUGCAAACACAUUGAUAGAAAAAAGUACAUCCAGUUGGGGUCUUGCAACCUUGAGUAAACCUUUAAAAUAAUAGGGUGUGUAUCUGUAGAAAACUUAAAAUAAGGUGUACAUGUCUUAGUAAACAAUAAUUUUUUAGAGUUAAACAUUUUAUUACAUGCAAAUCUAUUCGAUUUAAAUAUUGUUUAACUACGGUGAAAUAAAUCUAUUUUUAAA